CCUUGUGUCAUUCAGUGUUCAACUCUUGUACGGGUAACACCUAAUUGCUUACUCUUGCAAAUUUUAUAAUUUACUAUAUAAUUAUUAAUUAUAUGUCAUUUAAGAAUAUCGUUAACAAAAUGAUAAAAGCCAAAAAAUUUGUGAUUGCUAAGCAUUUUGAAGGUGAACCAAAGCCAUCAGAUUUGAAAUUAACAGAAGAAAAUUUACCACCGAUUACCGAUGGCGAAGUACUUGUGAAAGCAGAAUAUUUAUCUGUUGAUCCCUAUAUGAGACCAUACAUGCUACAAUUUCCACUUGGUUUUACUAUGAUAGGUGGCCAAGUUGGUAAAAUAAUUGAAUCAAAGAAUUCAGAUUAUCCAGUUGGUAAAAGAAUAUUUGGAUAUUUUGGAUGGAGAACUCAUACAAUUUUUAAUCCACGAGCACCUGAAAAAUUUAAAACUAUUGAUCAGGAGCCAUAUUUAUUACCAGACAUAGGAGAUUUAUCUCCUUCUUUAGGUUUAGGAAUUUUAGGAAUGCCAGGAAAUACAGCAUACUUUGGUCUAAUAAAACUUUGUUCACCAAAACGUGGUGAAACACUUGUUGUAAGUGGAGCUGCUGGUGCGGUUGGAUCUCACGUAGGUCAAAUAGCAAAAAAUAUUUACGGUCUUAAUGUUAUUGGAAUUGCUGGUUCAGAUGAGAAAUGUAAUUGGAUAGUAAAUGAAUUAGGCUUUGAUAGUGCCAUUAAUUACAAAACGCAAAAUGUAUCAUUGGAAUUAAAAAAAGUUGCUCCAAAGGGUGUUGACGUAUAUUUUGAUAAUGUUGGAGGAGAUAUUUCUAGCAAUGUUAUAUACCAAAUGAAUCCUUUUGGUCGUAUAGCAGUGUGCGGUAGUAUUUCGUCAUAUAAUACAGAUCACUCUACUCUGCCUAAAUGUACUUUGUUACAACCAGCUAUGGUUUUCAAUCAACUAAAAAUGGAAGGAUUCGUAGUUACACGUUGGAAUGACCAAUGGCAAGAAGGAAUAAAACAGAAUUUGCAAUGGAUUAAUGAAGGCAAAAUCAAAUCUAAAGAAACAAUUACAAAAGGUUUCGAAAAUAUGUUUCAUGCAUUUUAUGAAAUGAUGAAAGGGCAAAAUAUUGGUAAAGCUAUUGUACAAGUAUAAAGCAAUAGAAUCAGCUGUUUCCUUAUAAGCACAUAUUUAAUAUAUAUUUGAAAAUAUAUCUAUUUUUAUAUUUCUAUAUAAAUUUAUGCGAAAUGACAAUG